AUGACACCUCCAAGUGCGAGGUUGACUGCAAGUGCUGUAGACUUUGUUCCCAGCCGAGUGUCGUCCAAACUCUCGUUCAAAGACCCUCGCGACGGGACAGAGAUAGACAUAGAGGGUUGGAAGAGAAAUAAUCAUGAUCAUGGACCUGUCGCUUCUCUCCAGCAACCUGCAAAGACUCAAUCAUCACCUCCUCCAUCGCUUGAUCAACAAUGUCACGAGCAGACACUUGGACAUCGCCCUACCCUCUUCGUGCCACCAGGGCUACGCCGACAGGACCUUAGGCCCCGUGCAGAACUCGAAUUUUGGGGUUCACCCUCGUCUACUAUGAUCAACGGUGAUGCAAACACAUCGUUGACGGAUCCUUACGAUCCUUAUUAUCCUUCAUGGCCUCCUUAUUCUUGUCACCCUUCCUACGAUUAUGGAUACGCGUCUACAGCCGAUUCAUCUGGACCUCCACAUUCAGAUCUGGAUAUGUUCCCUUUGAAUGGCUAUAUACCUUCACAGAAUUCCACUCCGACCACACCAACGUCCUCCCAUACCGUCCCUAUGCACAUCCCAGAUAUUUCGCAUCUUUCUGCCCUUACGCAUGCUAUGUCGCCCGGUAUCAGCGACCCACCUUCUCCACCUACCACGCCCUCAUCAGGGAAUACAUCUCUCAGUGCUGCAAGAUUGAACACGAAUGCGCCGACGUUUGUCCCUGGUCGACGCCCAACCAAAGUCUCAAUCGAGGAUCCUGCUCCUUUGCCGCCGCAUACCUCGGUCGAUUAUCCGGUCAAUCGAUGGCCUAUACGGUUAGAAAGCGAGGGUGCAAAGAAGAAGCGCAUUGCCGAGGAGGAGAAACAGAGGAAGGCGAAGGAGGCUAAUGAGACGGCGGAGCAGGAGGAGCAGCGUAAAGAGGGGAAAGAGAAGGAACAUGGUUCGUACAAGCAAGCGGGUCCAGAGCGGGAGAUGGAUGGGAGAGGUGGGGAAGGUCAGGCCGAGGCUACCACGAUGAGCGAAGCUGACGCUAAGAAGAAAAUCGACGGAGAUGUCAAGGCAUUAUUUGACCUGCGGAAAUUAGACAAAGCGGAGGCGUACUUCUCUGGUCUACCAUCUACAUAUCACGGACGACUCGUGGAUCAACUCGUCUUGGAAGCGAUCAAGUCGAAAGACGCUGAUGCUGCUCUAGUAGCUGACUUUUUCGGCCGUGCAGCGUCACAUAACUUAUGCUCACCGGCGUCGUUUGAGGCAGGGUUCAUUGGCGUCGCCGAGUUUUUGGGAGUCAUUGCUAUCAAUACGCCCAAAGCCUGGGACUUCAUGGCCAUGUUGAUUACCGCCACCGGCCUAGACAAAGUAGGGCAACGACGCAUAGCUUCUAAGACGACGGAUGCAGAUAGAUUACUUCGCAAUCUUUGUGUCGAUACCGGUGCUGUCGAGGAUUUUGUUCAGUCGCUCGGCAACAGCAGAAGUACCCUUUCCUCUUCUAGCAGCACCUCUGGAUCCACGUUGGUCAAUUGCACGGAGCCGCAUCAAAAAGCAGACGACGCCGUAGACUCACCCCAGCAUUGCAAAUCGUGCGAUACCUCUUCAGCAGUACCGUCUGAUACGCGGCAACUCUACGCUAGCCAAAUCGAAGAAUAUAGAUCCCGGGAAGCAACAUGGGUCGAAGAAGUCAAAUUUCUCCGUCAGCAAGUCGUAGUAUGGCAGGAGUUGUACAAGCAGUCGGAAAAAGAGCGGGAAAUUUUGGUUCGACAAUCGAGGGAUGCUAGUCCUUCAGGCUCCUCCUAG